GCCCCUCGGGUCAGGCAGCCCCAGCGUCCCCGGGCCCUCGGCCCCACCGAGUGCCGGCUCCCGCGCUCUGCGGCGGGCAAGCCCCUUGGAAUUUUCAAAAUGAAUUAUACAGAGUCCAGCCCAUUGAGAGAAUCAACUGCCAUAGGUUUUACACCUGAGUUAGAAAGUAUCAUACCUGUGCCUUCCAAUGAGACCACUUGUGAAAACUGGAGAGAGAUACAUCAUCUGGUUUUUCAUGUAGCAAAUAUUUGUUUUGCAGUUGGGUUGGUUAUUCCAACUACUCUUCACCUUCAUAUGAUAUUUCUUAGGGGAAUGUUAACUCUAGGAUGUACCCUUUAUAUCGUCUGGGCCACUCUCUACCGAUGUGCCUUGGAUAUAAUGAUCUGGAACUCUGUGUUCUUGGGUGUCAAUAUUUUGCAUCUGUCGUAUCUUUUAUACAAGAAGAGACCGGUAAAGAUUGAAAAGGAACUCAGUGGCAUCUACCGGCGAUUGUUUGAACCACUCCAUGUGCCUCCAGAUUUGUUCAGAAGACUAACUGGACAGUUUUGCAUGAUCCAAACCUUGAAAAAGGGCCAGACUUAUGCUGCAGAGGAUAAAACCUCAGUUGAUGACCGUCUGAGUAUUCUCUUGAAGGGAAAAAUGAAGGUCUCCUAUCGAGGACAUUUUCUGCAUAACAUUUACCCCUGUGCCUUUAUAGAUUCUCCUGAAUUUAGAUCAACUCAGAUGCACAAAGGUGAAAAAUUCCAGGUCACCAUUAUUGCAGAUGAUAACUGCAGAUUUUUAUGCUGGUCAAGAGAAAGAUUAACAUACUUUCUGGAAUCAGAACCUUUCUUGUAUGAAAUCUUUAGGUAUCUUAUUGGAAAAGACAUUACAAAUAAGCUCUACUCAUUGAAUGAUCCCACCUUAAAUGAUAAAAAAGCCAAAAAGCUGGAACAUCAGCUCAGCCUCUGCACACAGAUCUCCAUGUUGGAAAUGAGGAACAGUAUAGCCAGCUCCAGUGACAGUGACGACGGCUUGCACCAGUUUCUUCGGGGUACCUCCAGCAUGUCCUCUCUUUAUGUGUCAUCCCCACACCAGCGAGCCUCUGCCAAGAUGAAACCAAUAGAAGAAGGAGCAGAAGAUGACGAUGAGGUCUUUGAACCGGCAUCUCCAAAUACAUUGAAAGUCCAUCAGCUGCCUUGAUCAGAGAGAGAAUUCAGGUUACCAAGACGGAAGGUGUCUUGAAGAGAUCCUGAAAAAUACCAGCACUUUUUCAUGGCUUUUAGGUUAUUCUGCUUUAGUGCAUCCAGACUGGUAGAGUCUGAGGGAGGAAGUGAGGAAGGGUCAAGGAUGGAAGAGUUCUUUCACUUACCCUUUUUAUUAGUCAGCUUUUAAAGUAAUUGUUUUACUGAGCCUUCUGACUAUGCCUUGUUCUCUUUUGAGAUAUAUAUUUUCACAGUCUUUUCUAGAUAUAUUAUUGUUUUAACUUAACAAAUCUUAGCAAUCUCUCAAUGCCUUUUCACUUAUUUUUUUCCAAGUUAUGAUUCUUUUUCCUCACAGUCUUUUUUGUUCCAUGGCAAUAAGGUUGUCCAUUUGAUAAUUUUAACGAACAAUGUAAGUUUAAAAUUGAGGCUAAGGUAACAUGAAAAAGCAGGGAAUCUCAAACUUUAU